UUUAACGCACAUUCUGUGAAGAAAGUGAGAGUGUUGUUGUAGUAAUUAGUAAUUUAAAAACAAAGCUAGCCACCUAAUGAUCUUGGCAACACCAUUACAAUUUGGGUCAAGUUUGUAAACGUUUCCAUAACAGCAGUUUUAUUGAAGUCUUACAGGAGUCAAUUUGGGCUAUGUUAAGCAGCAACAUUUGGCGAAAGAGUGUUGUUCCUUGUCAUGAUGUCCAGAAUAAUAGUGUGGGUAUUUGUAAUCUUUCCUUCAGGUAUGUUACAUUUUUUUGUUGUAUAAAUCCAGAUUUAUCCAAUACCAUAGGCUAGAAUGUGGACUCAUAGACAGUGUUUACAGACUGGCCUAAUAAUGAGCAAGAACGACAUGGGUGCUGAACUCUGCGACAUACCACAACCGUGUCAACUUGUUGUGGGUGGAGUAAAGUAUUCUUGUAAGAAGAAUGCCACAAAAUCAACUCGUUGUGAAGUUACCAAAAAAUAUGUAAAAUCUAAAAAGAUGGCCUCGGACACAUUAGAGACAACAACAGCGCUGAAAAUCUGUAUUGAUUUAUGCCCUGUUCUGGCUUCAGCUAAAGAGCCGAACACAGAAGAGGAAGAUAAUACUAUAGACUAUGAAGAACCUGUGUGUGGCACAGAGGAAUGGACAAGGAUCCCAAUAAAGCCUCGACCGCCGCCAGGAAAAAAUUUAAAGAUAACCUAUCAAAGUCUAGAAUUAGAUAGAGCCACAGUCCCACAAUCAGUCAAACCUAGGUUACUACCGCCUAUAAGUAGACCAUCCCUUAUUCGGUCAACACAUUUAGACAGCCUGGCAACAGGGCCUCCAGCCCACACUACUACCCUGCCACUGAUCAGUGUCUCGAAACAGGGUGCUUUGAUCAAACCUCAUACCAAGACUGGCAGUGAGCACAAAACAGCACUUCCAAGGAUUAAGUUGCAGGAUACUAGUCCUCUGACCAUGUCUUGGAUGGAAGGCCCCAGACAAAGGUCACCUCAGUUUUGCCUACCUGAGAUCUCAGUGUCCAGUAUAGAGUCCCUGCUACAGCGAGUGACGGAGAGACUGAGAAGAAAAGACAGGGAGAGUGAUAAUGGAGGGAGACUUGCCUAUCCAGACCAUCUCCUCAUGACCAGUACUCUGCUAUACCUGAGGGAUAAGAGGAAACCACCAAGAGGAAACUACAGAUGGGAGGGGAAAGGAAGAUGUCCACCGUCAGACGUCAAGCUGAAGGAGAGCUCAGAGACAGCAGAGCAAGACCACACCUCACUCUACAUGGGAGUACAACUGCCCGUCAUCCUUAGCAUGGCCAAGAGGACUCACUGCCACCAAAGUCAUUCAUGAAAACUGUACAUUU